GAUCGCUCGGGGAACCGAGUUGUAAUUAUACUGUAAGCAAUGUAGCAUGACUCGAUUGAUUCCAUGAUUGUCAGCUUCGCAGCCCUGUUUGGAUAACAAAGUAUGACUCAAGUCCGUCAGAUUCUAAUUGUUACUGCCCUUGUCCAUGGAGUUUGUUCUGUAUAUUUCGCAUACCAUGUAACCAUCGACGGAUCGAUUGCAUUUAGUCAGCGAAGGUUACCAAUCGACAGCCGGAGGGUCGUGCCGCCAGUCCCAUUAUAUACUAGACUCGCCAAUUCGGACUUCGUGUUUGGGAUAUCUGCUUACUUCAAAGACCGGUGUGUAACACAAGACUAUCCACUGUUGGAAUCCUGAAUGCACGAUGGUAAUCUGAUCAUGAUACUUGUUAUGCACGAUUCCAAUUGAGUUUACUCUCAGCCAUGAUGGAGAUCGUUGCUAGAUCUAGUAGG